AUGCUAUUUCUGCUCAACGAGCGUAUACCCUGGCCACGGUACCGCUCUUUCCCAGCUUCCCGAACACUCGCUGACAUUUCGCAAGGGAGCGCAUUCGUCCGCAAUGAUGCCAAAGUAUUCCGAUUUUGCACAUCCAAAUGUCACAAGAACUUCAAAAUGAAACGCAACCCUCGUAAAGUCCGAUGGACGAAGGCGUUCCGGAAAGCUGCGGGCAAGGAGAUGACGAUCGACUCGACGUUCGAGUUCGAGAAACGCAGAAACAUCCCCGUGCGCUACGAUCGCGAGUUGGUGCAGACAACGCUCAAGGCCAUGAAACGUGUGGGCGAGAUCAGAAAACGGAGGGAACUGGCGUUCUGGAGAAACAGGAUGUCGGUCAGCCGCGAAAAAAACCGCGCGCACCGCAAAAAGGCGCUGGAGGCUGCCAAGCUGUCCGCCGGCAAACUCGUGCAGCCGACGAUGAGCACCGAAGUCCGGGAAAAGGUCAAGGUGGUCGCCAAAUCGCGGAGCGCACUCAUACAAGGCGAGGGCCGGUCGAUGGGAAUGGACAUCGACUAA